UUCACAUGUUCUGUGGUUUUUUAUUUUCAAAGAGAAAUUUUGGCUAUUUUACUCUGUUAUCUAUUAUUAUUUUGAAGUAGAUUACAACUGUUGGUAUUUAUAAAAAUGGGUAAAAAAAGUUUCAAGGAGUUGGGGCUAUCAACAUUGAUAAUAAAGACUUUGUCUAUGAUGGGCAUACAAAAUCCAACUGAUAUUCAGACAAACUGUAUUCCUGCAAUACUUAAUGGAAAUGAUUGUGUGGGUGCAGCUAAAACAGGAAGUGGAAAAACUCUUGCAUUUGCACUACCAAUAAUAGAAAAAUUAUAUGAAGAUCCUUUUAAAAUUUUCGCACUGAUUCUAACCCCAACAAGAGAAUUAGCAUAUCAAAUAUCAGAUCAAUUUUCUAUUUUUUCUGCAAAUAAUGUCCUUAAUCUUAAACAUAUUACAAUUGUUGGUGGAAUGGAUAUGAUUACUCAAGCUCAGCAAAUAGCUAAUAGUCAUAUAGUUGUAGCAACACCUGGGAGAUUAGCAGACUUGAUAGAGACUUGUAUGACAUUCAAUUUUCAUUGCUUGAAAUUCUUGGUUUUGGAUGAAGCUGAUAGACUACUCGGUGGUCAGUUUGAUGGUCAAAUCAAAACAAUAUUUUCAGUGUUGCCGAAAACAAGACAAAAUCUCUUUUUUUCUGCAACUAUCACAGAUACUCUGGCAACAAUAAAAAAUUUCACUAAAAAUGAAACUUUAAUGUAUGAGGCACCUGCAGAAAUAGCAACUGUAGAAGAUCUUGAGCAGUAUUAUGUUCUUUGUUCAAAUUACGUUAAAGAUGCAUAUUUAGUACAAACUGUUCGAAGUUUUAGGGAAAAAGAUGAAAAAGGAAAUAUUAUGAUAUUCACAAGUACAUGCAGGAAUUGCCAAAUUCUAUCAAUGAUGCUUAAUGAUGUUGGUUUUGAGAAUGUAGCGCUUCAUGGCAUGAUGAAACAGAAGAUGCGUCUAGCAGCAUUAGUGAAGUUCAAGUUAAACUCCAUCAAAAUACUUAUAGCAACAGAUGUUGCCAGCAGAGGUCUUGAUAUUCCAACUGUACAGUUGGUUAUAAAUCAUACACUCCCAAAAGAAUGUAAAGAAUAUAUUCAUCGUGUUGGUAGAACUGCUAGAGCAGGCAGAAAGGGCAAAGCCAUCACUUUAGUGACACCAAACGAUUUACCACAAUUGUUGGAAAUUGAGAAGCACAUCAACACAAAAUUGGAAGAGUACAAAGUGAAUGAUAAGGAGGUGGGAAUAAUAUUCACUCAAAUAUCUGUUUCAAAGAGUGAGGCACACAUAAACUUAGAUGAAAACAAUUUCGAUGAAAGAAGAAGAAUCAAUCUUAGGAAAAAAUGGAUUUUGGAAGGAUUAGAUCCUGAUGAAGAAGAGGCCAAAUUAUUGAAAAAAAAAAAGAAGAAUGUGAAAAAGUUGAAUACAAAACAUAAAAUAAAUAAAAGGAAAGAAUCUGAAUUGGGAAAUAAAAAUGAUCAAAAGUAAAA